AGUCUUCGUUCUUCUCGGAACACUUGAUACUGGAUACAUCAUUCCUUCUAUUCACCUACGUACUAACAAAAAUGUUAUAAACUUAUCAUUUUCCAAGAAGAACCCGUCAACUGCAUAGACUCGUAGUGAUAUUUCGCUAACAAAGACAGUGCAUGUUCCUUACUCCAGGCUUCGCAGCAAUUCCAACCAAACAGUGAUGAUAAGUCUUUAACACUUCACUCACUUCUAUUCUAACCCUACAAUGGCUAACACCACCUUCUUAAAACUCUUCUUCCUCCUCCUACUACACUUCUCCACACGCCUCCAAGCCUACACCUCAGAGGAAGUUUUCACCAUCAAUUGCGGCACCACCGGAAACUCCUCCGACGGUCAAAGAACCUGGACCGGCGACAUCGACACAAAGUACUUAUCUUCCCAAGACUCCACCGUUUCAGACAAGGCCUCAACACAAUCUCCUUCAACCAAUCAAGUCCCCUUCUCCACUGCACGAUUGUCCCGUUCCCAAUUCAAUUACUCCUUCCCUGUCUCCCCAGGUACCAAAUUCCUUCGCCUCUUCUUCUACCCUACAGACUACCCUUCAUUUCCCCGCACCCACGCAUCCUUCUCCGUUCAAUCCAACCGAUUUACUCUCCUUAACGAUUUCAACGCCUCUCUUAACGCCGACGCUCAAGCCACGGACACUAUCUUCAAGGAAUACGUGGUCAACGUCAACGACGGUGAGAGGCUUAUCCUCACCUUCACUUCCUCCCAUCCAAACUCUUACGCUUUCAUCAAUGGAAUCGAGGUACUUUCCAUGCCAACCGAUUUAUAUUACACACCAGCAAAUGACACAGGCUUCACGUUCAUCGAAAGUAGCACGCUGUACAGCGUUGGAACCAGCUCUGCUCUUCAGACUGAGUAUAGAAUCAAAGCCGGAGGACAAGAAAUCUCGCCAUAUAACGACAGCGGUUUGUUCAGGGAUUGGGCCGCCGAAGAACGUUACUUUAUCAAAAGCAAUCCAAAGAAUGAUGAUCUACCAGCUGACAUGGAUGGGAAAAUGAACAUAACCGUGAAUCCCGAUUACUUGGCACCAAAGGAACUGUUCAGAACAGCGCGUAGCAUGGGCAGAAACGCCACUCUGAACAGAAUGAGCAACCUCACUUGGGAGUUCCCCGUUGAUUAUGGCUUCACUUACGUUCUCAGGCUCCACUUUUGCGAGCUUGAUCCCAAUAUUAAUGACAUCCAUGAAAGGCAGUUCUAUAUUUACAUAGCGAGCCAGUUGGCUGAAGCAAGUGCAGAUGUAAUGGUUUGGAGUCAGAAACAAAAAGGUCUAGCUGUGCAUAGAAACUACGGCGUUUUAAUUCCCAAAAAUGGUACUCAGAAAAAGUUUAAUCUUUCGCUUCAAAUGCACCCUCGCGAAAGCAAUGUUGAUUCGAGAUACCCAGAUACCUUCCUGAACGGUCUAGAGAUCUUCAAAAUCAGUGAAGCUGGCUCAAACAACCUAGCUGGACCCAACCCGGACCCCGUUCAGACUCCGCAGAACAACAUUCCCGAUCAAAACGGAAAGACCAGCAGUGGAAGCGCAACGACGAUUAUUGGCGCCAUAGCAGGGGUGCUGUCUGGCGUCAUUCUCUUUAUAAUCGUUUUCCUUGUAGUGUUUUUACGAUACAAGAGAAACACUUAUACUAAGAGCAGGGAUUGCGAAUCCAAGUCAACCACCAUCUUCCUGCCGACAGAUCUCUGCCGCCGCUUCUCCAUCGCCGAGAUGAGAGCGGCCACCCAAAACUUCGACGAAGUCUUGAUCGUCGGCACCGGGGGAUUCGGCCAAGUGUACAAGGGCUAUAUCGACGAGGGCUCCGUUCCCGUAGCCAUCAAGCGCCUUAAACCUGAUUCGCAGCAAGGGGUUCGCGAGUUCCUGAACGAAAUUAAGAUGCUCUCACAACUUCGCCACCUCAAUCUUGUGACCCUCAUCGGCUACUGCAACGAUAAUAAGGAAAUGAUCUUGGUCUACGAUUUCAUGACACGUGGCAACCUCCGUGACCAUCUAUACAACACGGACAACCCAGCCAUCUCGUGGAAGCAGCGGUUGCAGAUCUGCAUCGGCGCGGCGCGUGGACUUGAUUAUCUUCACACAGGCGCGAAGCACACGAUCAUUCACCGGGACGUGAAAAGCACGAACAUCCUGUUGGAUGAUAAGUGGGUGGCCAAGGUUUCGGACUUUGGACUUUCCAGGCUUGGGCCCAUUGGAACUUCGAAGGCUCACGUCAGCACCGACGUGAGGGGAAGCUUCGGAUAUUUGGAUCCUGAGUAUUAUAAACGAUAUCGUUUGACGGAGAAGUCUGACGUGUACUCUUUCGGAGUUGUGCUUUUUGAGAUACUGUGUGGUCGUCCCCCUUUGAUUCACAGUGCGGAGAAGCAACAGGUGUCGCUCUCUAAGUGGGUGAAACAUUGUUACGAAAGUGGAAUGAUAGCAGAGAUUGUUGAACCGACGUUGAAGAAGGAGAUUGCAGUAGAAUGCUUGAAGAAGUUUUGUGAGAUUGGGAUGAGUUGUUUGGUGGAAGAUGGGUCGCUGAGGCCCUCCAUGGAGGAUGUGGCUGGGAUGUUGGAGUUUACUCUGCAGCUACAAGAAAGUGCAGAGCAACGUGAAGACGUGGCUCAUGUUGUUAUUGUUAACUGAGAAGUAGUGUGAAGGGGUCAAGUUUUUUUUUUUCCUUUCUAAAAUAUCAGAAAACAAAGAAUAAAAGCUGUCAUCGG